AUGCAGAUGGUGGUUGAUUUCACUGCCUCAUGGUGUGGACCCUGCCGUUUUAUUUCACCCUUUCUGGCUGAACUGGCCAAGAAGUUUCCUAAUGUCAUGUUUCUCAAGGUGGAUGUGGAUGAAUUGAAGGAAGUUGCUGCUGAAUGGGGUGUGGAGGCUAUGCCAACUUUCUUGUUCCUCAAGGAAGGAAAGGAAGUUGGCAAAGUGGUUGGUGCAAAAAAAGAAGAGCUUCAGCAGGCUGUGACAAAACAUAUGACUACUGCUUCUGCUUCUGCUUGAUGGAGAUGAUUAUUAGUACUACUUUUAUAAUGUUUUGAGGAACUUAUUAUCACAUACAAGCAUCUUUGAUGUGCUGGUAUUAAUCUACACAUCUCUAUGUUGAACCCUAUGUUUCUAUAUCAUUUGAGGAUUUUUUUUAUA